UGGGGACCCGGCGCAGAGGCCAGCGCGCCCGAGCAAGCUGGCGGGAGCGGGGUGGCUCCGACAGGGUUCCAGUCCGAAAGUUUCUCUGCCCUUCCGCUGCUCCCGGGAGCGGGACUUGAGCACUGGGUCCAGCAGCUCUACAAGAAAAAGAGACAGGGACACCAGACAAAAUACACCAAAAAAUCAAAAUCUGCAGCCAUUUGCAGCUAGUCCCGAGGUGCAGGAGGACAGGCAGGUCCAUGGCUCUCCCAUGCUCUGAGAGGAUUUUGCUCUGACCGUAGUCCCCUGGCUGAGCCAGGACUACAUUUUGCUGCUACCGUGUCACCAGGCCCCUGUAGUAGCCCACAGUCCCUUGGCCACGUGUCACCAUGGGCAGUGUCAGCAGCCUCAUCUCAGGCCACAGCUUCCACAGCAAGCAUUGCCGGGCCUCGCAGUACAAGCUUCGCAAAUCCUCGCACCUCAAGAAGCUCAACCGGUACUCGGAUGGGCUGCUGAAAUUUGGCUUCUCCCAGGACUCAGGGCGUGGCAAGUCCAGCUCCAAAAUGGGAAAAAGCGAAGACUUCUUCUACAUCAAGGUCAGCCAGAAGGCCCGAGGCUCCCACCGCCCAGACUACACGGCCCUAUCCAGUGGGGACAUGGGGGGGCAGGCUGGGGUCGAUUUUGACCCAGCCACCCCACCUAAACUCAUGCCCUUCUCCAAUCAGCUGGAAAUGAGCUCUGACAAGGGGCCAGUGAGGCCCACUGCCUUCAAGCCCGUGCUGCCACGGUCAGGAGCUAUUCUCCACUCUUCACCCGAGAGUGCCAGCCACCAGCUUCACCCCAUGCCUGCGGACAAACCCAAGGAGCAGGAGCUGAAGCCAGGCCUGUGCUCAGGGGCACUGUCUGACUCAGGCCGGAACUCCAUGUCCAGUCUGCCCACACACAGCACCACCAGCAGCUACCAGCUGGAUCCUCUGGUCACCCCCGUGGGGCCUACCAGCCGCUUUGGGGGCUCAGCCCACAACAUCACACAAGGCAUCAUCCUUCAGGACAGUAAUAUGAUGAGCCUAAAGGCUCUGUCAUUCUCUGACGGGGGCAGCAAGCUGGCUCACCCAGGCAAGGCAGACAAGGGCUCCUCUUGCGUGCGGUCCCCACUCUCCACGGACGAGGGCACCAUCCAGGAGCUGGAGCAGAAGCUGCUGCAGCGGGAGAGUGCGCUGCAGAAACUGCAGCGCAGUUUCGAUGAGAAGGAGUUUGUCUCCGGGCAGACCUUUGAGGAGCGGCCGAGGCGUACCAGGGACGAACCGGAGUGCCUGGAACCUAAGAGCAAGCUGAAGCCAGCCUCUCAGAAGAGCCAGCGCGCCCAGCAGGUUCUCCAGCUGCAGGUGUUACAGCUGCAGCAGGAGAAACGGCAGCUUCGGCAGGAGCUCGAGAGCCUCAUGAAGGAGCAGGACCUGCUGGAGACCAAGCUGAGGUCCUACGAGCGGGAGAAGACCAACUUUGUCCCUGCACUGGAGGAGACCCAGUGGGAGGUGUGCCAGAAGUCAGGCGAGAUCUCUCUUCUGAAGCAGCAGCUCAAAGAGUCCCAGAUAGAGGUGAACACCAAGGCCAGCGAGAUCCUCAGUCUGAAGGCACAGCUGAAGGACAUCCGGGGCAAGCUGGAGGGCAUGGAGUUGAAGACGCAGGACUUGGAGGGUGCCCUGCGCACCAAGGGGCUGGAGCUGGAGGUCUGUGAGAACGAAUUGCAGCGCAAGAAGAACGAGGCGGAGCUGCUGCGAGAGAAGGUGAACAUUUUGGAGCUGGAGCUGCUGGAGCUGCGGGCCCAGGCUGCCCUGCAGCGAGAAGCCGCAUCUCUGGGGCCCCUGGGGAUUGGGCCUACCUUCUCAGAGGACAUCCCUGCCCUGCAGCGGGAGCUGGAGCGGCUGCGGGCUGAGCUGAAGGAGGAGAGGCAAGGCCACGACCAGAUGUCCUCGGGCUUCCAGCACGAGCGGUUGGUGUGGAAGGAAGAGAAGGAGAAAGUCAUUCAGUACCAAAAGCAGCUGCAACAGAGCUAUUUGGCCAUGUACCAGCGCAACCAGCGUCUAGAGAAGGCACUGCAGCAGCUGGCCCGCGGGGACAGUGCCAUGGAGCCCUUUGAAAUUGACCUGGAGGGAGCCGACAUUCCCUAUGAGGACAUCAUAGCCACUGAGAUCUGAGGGACUGCCGAGGGGACGGAGGGUUGGGAACUGGACCCCAGGAGGCAGGGCGUGCUGAGCCUGUUCCAAGAGAGAAGUGAGCUCUGGCGCCCAGACUCAGGGGUCUCCAGUGGUGGGUAGGGGUCACCACACAGCCUUUCCUCCCCUCUUGCCUUUUUCAGUCUAACUACCCUGCUGCUGAUUGGACCUCGAUCUCUGAACCCCGAACUCUCCUGGAGAUGUGUUCAGGGAGCUCCAUGGACUGGUUGAUGUUUCUCUCAACUUUGGUCUCAUUCAAAGUAGUGAGAAAGGCGCCCCAGCAGGGAGUGGGGCAACUACCGUACAGGCCAAGUGGCCACCCAAGGACAGAAACAUCUUCCCUGUCAUCCCCGACUCCCUGCUAUCCCCUAGGCAUAUUGGGAUGCCUUGAGAUAAAAAGAAGCCAUGCGUAACCAGAAGCCUUGGACACUCUUUGCUGCAGCCUGUUCUUUUCUGAUUGUGGAGGUGGAGGGGUGGGGUUGCCAGCAAGUCAUGGGAGGAAGGGGGUUGGGUGGACAGUCCUGCAUUACAGAAUUGUCACAGGUCUCCCAGAGGUCAGAGUAAGAGGUGAAGGGAGAGAUUCGUGGCAGACACUGGGAUCCAGAGUCUAAAAUGAGCUGCACAACCCCUUUACCCUCAGCGGUCACCCUUUUUAAAGCCAUAAACAUUGGGGUCCCCAGUGGGAUGCAUGGAAAUGAUAAGAGUCAUAGCUUCCCAGCUGCUCCUGGGGAGCCUCCUACUUGGUCCAGCCAAGGCCAAGACUCCAGGGGCUUCCCUGAAUGGUUCGGUUGGCCAGCAGCCAAUAUGGACUGUUCCCCUCCCCGCCACCCCUAAUGUCAGACUCUUGCUUGGAUCCAGAAUAACCCAUCCACUUAGAUAGCGUGGAGCCGGGCACUAGCCUCCCUUGCCUGUAGCCCUAGCCAGCAGCAUCUCUUCCCCUAUAGCAUCUUCAGAGCUAUGUUACGACUUUUCGUAGAUUGGGAAGGGUCACCAAUGCCGAGUGGGUUGCAGUCCCAGGUGUGGGGUAUGAUACAGGGUACAUACACAGCCCCCCCCCCUCGUGGAGCCCCAAGCUGCAGAGAGUCAGUCUAGAGAACAGCACGUGACCAUGUGGGACUUGUCUUUUGAAGAUAUCCAGUGCUAGGGGCAGAGGGAAGUACAGUUGCUUGGUUCAAGGAAUUGUCUUCUGCUCUUCCCGCCCCCUCCCAUUCUGUAGUUCCAAAGCAAGCCAGAUUAAGCAGGCAGCCAGGCUGCUCCAUAUUCUAUUUUUGACUCUUACCACAGCUGUUGUCGGUAGGACACCCAGCCCUUGCUAGAUUCCUGAGCCAUGUGCUUGCCUGGUGGGCGGGACCCAGGGAAUAGGAGAUAUAAGGGAGGGUCUAGGUGCUUGGCAGGCUGGGAACUAACCAUAGUUCUAGCACCUUCCUAAUGCUGGCCCCUAGAGUCCCUGGGUGGACCCCAUCCCCAUUGAUGCUGUCUUUCCAUGAGCUUUCUUCCCUUCCUAGUGUCUGUAGGCUAGGUGCCACCCAUGUAGAUGGCUCUGCUGUCUGAUCCCGGGGUUAGGCUUGGCCUCUCCUGCUGACUCCUGAUCUACCAUUGCCCAUAGUCACACAUUCAAUUUAAACCUGGAAUUUACAGACCAAAGAUGACAUUCCCCCACUUGUAGGGUCAUACCCUCCACUGGGCACCAUUCACAGCCCAGUUUUUUUUUUUAGAUUUAUUUAUUUAUUACAUAUACAGUGUUCUGUCUACAUGCCAGAAGAGGGCACCAGAUUGAAAUGUAGAUGGUUGUGAGCCACCAUGUGGUUUCUGGGAAUUGAACUCAGGACCUCUGGAAGAGCAGACAGUGCUCUUAACCACUGAGCCAUCUCUCCAGCCCUACAGCCCAGUUUUAAAAAAAAAUUGAUGGCCCUCAGUCCUUUGUUCUCUACCAGUCCGUGCCUUGUUUGAGUCCUUCUUCCCACUGAGACCGUCCAAUGGGGGGGGAGAGGGGCAAGACUGGUGUUAGCUGCCCCUCCCUAGACUGGAGGAUUCCACCUCCUGGAAGAGCAGCCAGGAGCCCAGUGCUGUGCCGUGGGGGUCCUUGUCUACAAAGAAGCGGAUGCCAUGCCUGGAGCAGGCGCACAGGCACCAAGCGUGCCCUCCGUGUCUGUGUCCGGUGCCUUCCACUCCCAGGGAGUUCUGCCCGCAUCACUGCCCAGUCCGGUGCCGCAGGUCAUCUCUGAGAUCUCUGUCUGGGACUUGUCCAACAACCAACCAAGGUGGGCAGAACUAACAGCCCCAGACCCCAGGGUAACUCCAGGAUGCAACUGUGCUGUAACCCAAUAACCUUGCCUUCUUGUGGGCUCUCCUUGCCUCUGUCCUAAAGUCUUCUCACUCUCUGUGGUCUAUACCCAUGUUGGAAGGCUCAGAUUGAACAGCCCUUGGGAUGCGUAGGUUCAGGGCAGACAAGUUGCCUGCCAUGGUUUGUCUCUCAGAACCGUGUUGUUCCCCAGAGGUGUCUGGUCUGGGAGUGCUGCUGUUCUCCCAAGGAAGAAAACCACCCCUCAAGAAGAGCCCACCUCAGGUGUUGCAAGGCCCAGCACCUUCUUGCUCAGUUCUGUUCUCGUCAGGUGCCCUUGAGCUUCAGCAGGGGACCAUUUGGAGGACUGGCUGUCUCUCCUCUAGGAUGCUUGUUGACCCUCUUGUCCUGGCUCCAGCCUGGCUGUGUCUCCCGAGAGAGAGAUGCCCGAGGGAAAGCCGAGCUGGACCAGAGGUUUCCUUAGGACCCGAGCUCUCCUCAGAUGCCACAUAAGAGACCAUAGCACCUCUCAGUGGCACCUGCUUCCCCCCUUGACGGCUCUGGAGCCCUUGGCAGAGGCUGGCUUCUGAGGGAUUGGCAUUUUGAAGACUGUGUACAUAGUUAUUUUUCUCUCCCUUGUUUGUGGUUUGCUUUGCUCUUGAUGGCUUCAUCUUGUUUUAUUUUUGAAAUUCUUUGUUGGCUCUGUAAACUAUUUCUGGUAAUUUUAUGUUUUUAUUUAUGAAUAAAGAAUGCCAUUUCUCAUGUC